AUGGAGGAUACUAUUUACGGCUGGAAUACAUUUGGUGGUUUACUUUUCAACGUAUCUCAAUCCUGUGAACGAAUGUUGCUUCAGUGCACUUUCGGUGGUUAUAAAUUCAAUUGCUCGCAAAUAUUUCGUCAAGUUCUAAGGGAUGAGGGGAUCUGUUGCACUUUCAAUAGUCUGGAUCCUGUCUUUCAAUUUGUCAAUGGCUCCAAAGCAUUUGGCUUUAACGUAAAAUAUCCGCCUGAAUUCAAACCAGUGGCUUGGAGUUUGGAAAAGGGCUAUCAGCAGCCUUUACCCAAAUAUUAUUAUCCCAUGAGGGCGGUUGGUAUUGGCCAAUCACUCGGAUUAAAUAUCAUUCUAAAUGUAGAAAGCGAUGAGUAUUAUUGCUCGUCAGGAAAUAGUAUUGGCUUCAAAAUAGCCGUACAUGAUCCGCACGAAGAGCCAACCGUACACGAAACGGGUGUAUUGCUAUCGGCUGGUUUUGAAACUGUAGUACGCAUUACGCCUCGUAAAUUAAUUUCAGCAGACAAAUUGCGUCAGUUGGAUGUGAAAAGAAGGAAUUGCAUAUUUGAAAAUGAGUACAACUUAACAUUCUUUGCACAUUAUACCGCUGAUAAUUGUAUAUACGAGUGUAUAGUGGAAAAUAUGCGAUCGCGUUGCGGUUGUGAGCCUUUCUAUUUGACUUCAUACAAUUCGAAACUGGCAAUUUGCACCCAAAAACAUAGCGAUUGUUUCGUAAAUAUUAAAGCAAGUAGAACUUGUGAUAAAUGUUGGCCCAACUGCGUUCGGAAGCGAUACAGUACGAGUACAUAUUCAGCUAAGCUCGAAGAUACUGGAAUAGAUAUAAAUAGUCCAAUACUUAGUAACAUGAGUAUUGCUUAUGUGCAGGAUAAUAUUGCUAUUGCGAAAUUUUACUUUAAACAAGGUGUGUAUGAGUGUACGAAGCAGGCGCCUUACUUCGGUUCGAUUGAUGUACUGUCCAGCAUUGGUGGUCUCAUAUCCAUUUUCUUCGGCUUCAGUUUCAUUUCGUUGGCCGAAUUCAUCUAUUACAUCUGCAUGCGCCCGUUGCGUUCGAUGAUUUCAGAGAAACGUUCGGAAAAGGAAGUUUUUUUGCGCAAACCAUGUCUACGAUUAGCUAAUCGACCCAAAACACGUUUUGUGAAUCCUUACAAGCAACCGUCGUACAAAUUAAAAACACAGAAGAGCCUCGCUUUACCACGAAAAGUGUGGCACAUCAAUGCUGGCAACCUUAGUUUGCCAAAUCCAAAUGGAGAACAAAUGCAGUAG